AUGGAACUUUGGCCAGUCACAAUCAUGGAAAAAAUGAUGACAAAUAAGAAGGAAGAUGAGCCUUUUAUUUUAUGGAGAUUGCACUCAGGAAAUUCUAGUUUUUGGUGGGACAAUUGGUUAGGAAAUGGGCAUCUAGCUAGCUUCAGACAUCAUGAAGCUUGGCAUGUGCUAAGAAAUCAGAAGCCCAUCCUGCUUACCAACAAAUUGACAUGGUACAAAAAACUUCCUUUCAAAUGGUCCUUUUUCUUAUGGAGGGAACUUAGAAACAAGCUCCCUACAGACGAUAGAACUGCCAAAUUUGGGCAUCCUACUGUGACUAAAUAUGUAUGGUGCAUCAAAUCAAGUGCUGAAACAGUGGACCAUAUCUUCAGCACUGGCCACUUUGCCAAAGCAAUUUGGAAAAUCUAUGCUGCCCCCACUGCUUUCAAAUUGAUUCUGUCCCUCUCAGAAUACUGA